AUAAAUCCCAUCCCCAGUACAGGGAAGCCUUGAAGCGUCAAAACCCUCCCCCUUUGAAUUCCGUACCAUCUCUCCCCCUUUUCAAUUUCAGUAGUUGAGUUUGCGUAGAAGAGCUCCAUUGAGUCUCAUAUUUUUGUGCAAACAAAACAAUUGGAUUUUGUAAAGUCCUUGGCUCGGUCUCUCUCUCUCUCUCUCUCUUAUCCAAUCUAUCUCUGUUUUGUUUUGGCUCUAUAUUUUACCUGGGUCUGGAUAUUUCGUGGCGGGACAGCGAAAUUGGCGGGAACUAACGACUGAAUUUCAAUAUCCUAAGAAGUGGAGUUGGGUCUGAAUCGAAUUUUCGAAUUCCUUUUCUGAAUUUUGGUGUUUAUUUAUGGCCAACCCUUCUGGGAACCAUCAAGAACCGAGCCAUGCCUCGUCGUCUUUCAACGGCACCAACCCGACUAACGGAAACUCCACUCCUGUGUCGGCACCCGAGACCAUGGCCAUGAAGCACAACCCGGGUAUUUCUAUGGAUUGGACCGCAGAGGAGCAGGCCAUUCUUGAUGAUGGGCUCGCCAAUUAUGCAACAGAAGCUAACAUAAUCCGGUAUGCGAAGAUAGCUAUGCAGCUACAGAAUAAGACGGUUCGAGAUGUGGCAUUGCGUUGCAGAUGGAUGACUAAAAAGGAGAACAGCAAGAGAAGGAAGGAAGAACAUAACUUAGCAAGGAAAAGCAAAGACAAAAAGGAAAGAGUAGUUGAUACUUCAGCAAAGCCGUCACACUUUACAAACCGACCCAGUGUUGCUCCCUAUACUCCUCCGAUAAUAUCUAUGGACAAUGAUGAUGGCAUCUCAUACAAAGCUAUUGGUGGGGUUACAGGCGAGCUUUUGGAGCAGAAUGCGCAAGCCUUGAAUCAAAUUUCUACCAAUCUUCAAGCUUUCCAGAUACAGGAGAACAUCAACCUCUUCUGCCAGGCUCGAGAUAACAUCCUCAAAAUAAUGAAUGACUUGAAUGACAUGCCAGACGUAAUGAAGCAGAUGCCACCACUUCCAGUGAAAGUAAAUGAAGAGCUCGUAAACCACGUCCUCCCCCCACCUGCACAUCAAAUGCAAUGAUACUUUGGCAUGUGGGCUUCUGUAUACUUCUCAAAACAUGUCCUGCAUCCGAAUGUGGCUGGAAUUUCUCAAAUCAAUUCCUGAUCUCUGGAGAAACAAUAUGGAGUUGAUGAACCACCUUUGCCAACUCAAAUAGUGCAGGCAAUCUAAUUGUUUAUGCAGGUGUCAGUUUCGUUUUUUAUUUUUUAUUUUUAUUCUUUGUGUCCUUUGUCACUUGUAUUUCAUCUUUGGUUUGAUAGUUACUUUACCUUUAUAAAGUAGGCGCUGCUUAGUGUUAUGUAGAGUAGGAAAUAAAAUUCCAUGUUGGUGUUGUAUUGGUGAAUGAAAGAGUAAUGGUAGAUUUCUUCUUGUUGCAUCA